AAACAGGUGUCUCCUUACCAGAUGGAGGCUGGGGGUAGCUGGUGUCGCCGGAGUCAGGUGGCGAGCGGGUUUUGUGUGACUGCCGUUUUGCUUCCCGCCCUCUCUCUGCAGCUACGGCUCCGGGUCCCUGAGGCUUUGUGGAAAGCCCUAGAAUAGGAAACCUGUCCUAACUGGCCCAGGGCCUCAGGCUUCUCUUAGUCACUCGUGAGUUGCCGCCCACCCGUCUUUGCCUCGGCCCGUGGGUUCCUUCCCCGCCGUUGGCAUCAUCUGAUCUUUUGAGACGUGGUGACGUUUCUCUUAUCAAAACCAGCUCUGAAAAAAAGGACUCGCUUGUGGAGGACCAGAGAGAGACUGUCCCUCGCUGGCCGGGAAGAGGGAGCUGCUGCCGGAUCGUGAGGGGCCACGUGGCCUCCAGGAGCUGAGAGCCCCCAGCUGACAGCCAGAGCGAAUCUGGGGCCUGUGCCCGCUUGGAAGCGGAUCUUUCUCCAGUCGAACCUCUGAUGAAACCAAAGCCUGUGCAUCCCUGCCUGGCAGCCUGUGUGACCCUGAGGCAGAGAAGCUGGCCACGUGGCGUGGAGCCUCUGACCUGCACAAACUGCGAGAUGAUAAAUGUGUCUGUUAACAAAGGAAUGGCAACCUGUUUUCCCAGUGAAAUGGCUCCACAGAGUGUAUCACCUCCUUUUCUUUGAAUGAACAGAAAUAAAAUCGAAUUCCACCAGCAAAGAAGCAACGCGCAUUCACAGAAUGUCUCAGGUCUUCAUUUAAGAGACGCGAUGGACCAUUUUCUCCUGUUGCCCUUCUGCUCAUGGACCUGACACCUUAGAAGGCCUGGGGUCCCAGGCAGGCUGGGGAUUGGGGUGUAAGUAGGGAAGGAGGCAGGAAGGUCCUGGAAUUAUUGAUGAAUUCUCAGGAGGUCCACAGCUGGGGAAACUGCCAACAGCCCCAGAGGGCUCUGUCUCACCAGGGCCAUUUUCUCUGAGGACUGAAUACUCAAGCGUCAACGAAGAAUGGCUUUCACCUUUCUGUCAUGGCAGCACUUGGAGUCUGGAGCUGGGGGGACAGAGAAGGCAGGCAGUGAGCAUUCUGGGAGCUGGUGGACCCAGAGGCCUGCUCCUCCUCCUUUACUCAGGCAGCUGUUGGGACCAGCGGACUGUGACAGCAUUGUUGCACUGUUGGGAACAGUGUGCAGGUUGAAAGUCUGUGUCUGAGGCCCUGAGGCUUUUCCUGCUGGUGUUUGCUGUCUCCUCCACCCCAGGGAAGUUCCAGGAAGAACGCCUGGGGCCUGCCGACUACAGCCCCGCAGACCCACCCACCGCUCCCAGCGUUAAGUCAGAACCGCUGGAGGAAGAUUCUGGCAGCAUUUCCCUGAGCUGGUCUGCAGGCCCCUCCAGCUGGGAACCUGCCCGCCUGCAGUCAGAGAGCCCACAGUGCCUCGGGAAAAAAUUGGCUGAAUAAAAGGGUACUCAGGACGCCACGGCCCCGCCUGAAGCGAUGGCCCAGCCCUAUCCCCCUGCCCAGUACCCCCCUCCGCCACAGAACGGCAUCCCCUCCGAGUAUGCCCCGCCCCCGCCGCACCCCACCCAGGACUACUCCGGCCAGACCCCGGUCCCCCCGGAGCACGGCAUGACCCUGUACACACCAGCACAGACGCACCCCGAGCAGCCAGGCACCGAGGCCAGCACACAGCCCAUUGCCGGGGCCCAGACAGUGCCGCAGACAGACGAGGCGGCACAGACGGACAGCCAGCAGCUCCACGCCUCCGACCCCACAGAGAAGCAGCAGCCCAAGAGGCUCCAUGUCUCCAACAUCCCCUUCCGGUUCAGGGACCCCGACCUGCGGCAAAUGUUCGGGCAAUUCGGAAAAAUUUUAGACGUGGAGAUCAUUUUUAACGAGCGGGGCUCCAAGGGUUUUGGGUUUGUAACUUUUGAAACUAGCUCAGAUGCUGACCGAGCCCGGGAGAAGCUGAAUGGGACGAUCGUAGAGGGACGGAAAAUUGAGGUCAAUAAUGCCACGGCCCGCGUCAUGACCAACAAGAAGACUGCAAAUCCCUACACCAACGGCUGGAAGCUAAACCCCGUGGUAGGCGCGGUCUAUGGGCCUGAAUUCUAUGCAGUGACGGGCUUCCCCUACCCCACCACGGGUACGGCCGUUGCCUACAGGGGUGCGCACCUACGGGGCCGGGGCCGGGCCGUGUAUAAUACGUUUCGGGCUGCGCCGCCCCCACCCCCGAUCCCAACUUACGGAGCGGCACUGGAGCAAACGCUUGUUAAAAUGCCAGCCCCAUGGGCAGGGCUGGCACCCUGCCCCCUCCCUCCUCAGCAGACACCGGAGCCGGCCUACCCCGCCUCUCCAGCGUUCCCACCACUUUCUUGUCCGUUUGCUUCCAGGGUCGUGUAUCAGGAUGGCUUUUAUGGUGCUGAGAUUUAUGGAGGCUAUGCAGCCUACAGGUACGCGCAGCCGGCGGCAGCUGCAGCCUACAGCGACAGCUACGGCAGAGUCUAUGCGGCCGCUGACCCCUACCACCACACCAUCGGCCCCGCUGCGACCUACAGCAUCGGAACCAUGGCUAGCCUCUGCCGAGGAGGGUGCAGCCGCUUCACCCCCUACUAGCAAGAGGCCCGGCCCCUAACAGCAUUCACUGACUGCCCAGCACACACCAAACCCAGCAGCCCAAAGGCAGGCGCAGCCUCCCGGAGGACAGUGGGCCCCUCCUGGCCGGCGACACAUGCCGCUGGCCUUCUCGACCUAAGUCCCUAGGUUUCACCUCCAGCCAGCUGGGCCCCCCUCCAUGGCGUGUGUGUCUUUGACCUGGUUACCUCUGUAUGUCUGAAACCUUGGUUCCUAUCUGGCUUUGUUGACGAGGUGCCCCCCUCCCCAGCCACUGCAGGUACAGAAUGCCCACACUGGGAGGGGCUAGGCUGGGCAGAAGACCUCUCCCCGAGAACCAGCAAUACAGCCCGUGAGGGCUACACCCACUCCCCGUCCCCAUCCCUGGGGCCUCAGAGGACACCCGGCCAGGCCUUCCCAGGAAGCCACCCCUGCCAGGGCUCAGGGG